GCCCUAAGGUCCAUUGUUCCCCUUGUCAAUCAUCAGCAAGAGGUUGAAUGCAUCAUUGACCUGGGUUCCCAAGUCAUUGCCAUGUUAGAAGGCAUUUGCAAUGAAUUGGUGCUCAUCUAUGACCCCAAAAUCAUCCUCAAUAUGCAGUUGGCAAAUGGCAAAAUCAACUGA